AAUUAUGAUCAUCCAAAUUAUGAUCAUCCAAAUUAUGAUCAUCCAAAUUAUGAUCAUCCAAAUUAUGAUCAUCCAAAUAAUGAUCAUCCAAAUUAUGAUCAUCCAAAUUAUGAUCAUCCAAAUAAUGAUUAUAGUACAUCACAAUUAUAUAACAGUCAUAAUUUACAAAUCGAUUUUAUAUAUAAAUUACAAUUUACAAAAAUAUUUAAUAUAUGGGAUAUAAUAGAUGUUGAAAUAUUAGGAACUCCACAAAAUGAUUAUAAAUCAAAUUAUAUAUUGACAAUACCAAGAGGAUCUAAAACAUUUAAGAAAAUUUUGAAUUAUUUGAAUAUAUUAAAAGAAAAUGAAGAUAUUAAUGAUAUACAAUAUAAACGUGAUUAUAUGUAUUCUAUUGAUAAUAAUAAAAAUGACAAUAUAAUAGAUCCAAUUAUAGAUAAUCAUCACAUUAAUAAUAAGAAGAAAAAGAAGAAUCUAUAUGAUAUACAGAACAAUAUGAAUCAUUCUUCUUUUAAUAAAUUUCAUACAGAAGACGAAUAUUUAUUCAAUGACCAUGUCCAAGAAAAUUUUCACACCUUUUAUGAAAAAAAUAAAAAAUAUAAAAUUACAUAUGAUAAAGAAAAUAAUCAUAAAAUGAAUAAAUCGUAUUAUUUAAAAAAAAAUAAAGAAUUACCUUUUAAUAAUAAAUUCAAAAAAAUCAUUAAAAAUAUUUAUGACCUUCCUAACACUAUUACUUUAUCUAUGUUAUCUAAAACAAUUAAAAUACCAUUGGCAUCUAUAAAAAAAUAUUUUAUCAUCCACGAAAAUAAAGAAUAUAAUUCAAGUUAUAAAAUUAAUUCACAACAGAUAAAACGAAUAUGUGAACAUUUCAAAAUAGACUGUAAUAUACAACAGCGAGAUGAUAAUGUGCUUACAAAAGUGAAUCCGACAACUAAGGAUUGUCAAGAAAAAGUUUUUAAAAAUGUCAAACAGGACAGAUUGAAGGAAGGUGAACAGGAAAGAGUUAUUAAGGUGGAAGCAAAGAUUAAAAAUGAUGAAAGGGUUAUGCAAGAGCAAAAAGAUACUAAGGAGGAGAAGCACAUGGAUGUACGAGAUAUGGAUGUACAAGAUAUGGAUGUACAAGAUGUGGAUGUACAAGAUGUGGAUGUACAAGAUAUGGAUGUACAAGAUAUGGAUGUACAAGAUAUGGAUGUGCAAAAUAUGGAUGUGCAAAAUAUGAAUAACAGUAUAACACUUAACAAAUCGAUAAGUUGUCAAACCGAUGAAUCGCGAGACGCACCAGGGAGUGACCAAAAUGAAUCGCUGGAUGAAAAAGAUUCGAUGGAAAAAAGUAAAGAAAAAAAAAAAAAAAAAGGGAAAAGUCGAAAAAAAAAUAAAGAUACCAAUUUAACAUUAAAAAGUGAUAGUAUUCAAAAAUCAAAGACCCCCCUGGAUGAUAAAAAACGUAAUGUGGUAGUUACAUUUAUAGGACAUAUUAAUCAUGGAAAAACAUCUUUAUUUGAUUAUAUAUGUAAAACCAAUGAACAAAAAAAGGAGUAUGGACUUAUAACACAAAAUAUAAGAGCAUUUAAAGCAACCGUAAGGAAUAAUUUUACAUUUACUCUUGUGGAUACCCCAGGACAUGAAGCAUUUAUGCCUAUGAGAAGUAGAGGUGUUAAAAUAUCAGAUUUAAGUAUUCUUGUUAUAUCAGGAGAAGAAGGAAUACAAGAACAAACUGUGGAAUGUAUAAAAUUAAUAAAAGAAUUUAAUAUUAAAAUUAUUAUUGCAAUAACUAAAGUAGAUAUUCCUAAUGUUGAUGUAGAUAGAAUAAUUAAUGAUUUGUUAUAUCAUGAUAUAACAACAGAAUUAAAUGGCGGGGAAAUACAAGUAGUAGAAUGUUCUAUUUAUAAAGAAGAAAGUAUAGAUAAAUUAUUAGAUGCCAUAUAUUUAGAAUCUGAAUUUCUUAAUCUCCAAACGAAUCCUGAUAAUAAACAUGAACAGGCACAAGGUGUUGUUUUAGAUUCUUAUAUAGAUAAAAAUGGAAUUGUUUCUAUAAAUUUGUUACAAAAUGGUGUGUUAAAUGUAAAUGAUCAUUUUUAUACUGGAUCAUCCUAUGGAAAAGUGAAGAUAUUAAAAGAUCAUUUAAAUAAAAAUAUUAAAAGUGCAUAUCCAUCGGAUCCUAUUAAAAUUAUUGGAUACAAUAAGAAUUCUGUUCCCGUAGCAGGUGACAAAUUUUAUGUUGUUGAAAAUGAGGCCCUAGCGAAAGAAAUUGCGGAACAUAAUAAGAAUAAAAUGUUAACAAUGGAAAUUAAUAAUUUUACCUAUGAUCAGACAAAUAUGAACAGGUAUAAAGAUUUUAUAAUAUCCAGAGAAAAUAAAAUUGGAGGUUCUUCAGGUACACUGGGAGAAAAUAAUUUAAAAAGUGACAUUGAUGGUAAUAUGACAAGUGAUGAUAAUAGAACAAACAAUGACAAUAUUACAAGUGAUGAUAAUAGAACAAAUAAUGACAAUAUUUCAAGUGAUGAUAAUAGAACAAAUAAUGACAAUAUUACAAGUGAAUAUGAUAAAAUAAAAGAAAUGAAAAUGUAUAAAAAUAAUAAAUCAUUUGAAAAGGAUGAUUUUUUAAAAAUACAUUUGAAUAAUGCAAACGAAAAUGUGAUUAAUAUGGAUCCUUCAACUCAUAUAGUAGAAAAUGAAAUAAAAACAAUAUACUCAAAUUAUAUUAUUAAAUGUGAUAAACAAGGAAGUAUAGAAGUUUUGAAAAAUUGUAUGCUUAAAUUACAAAAAGAAGAUAGUAUAUGUAAAAUAAAAAACAAAAUUAUAUAUGCUGAUAUAGGUAAUGUAACAUCAAGUGAUAUUAAAUAUGCUACAAGUUUUAAUGCUACAAUAAUAGCUUUUGGUGUUAAAUUAUCUAAUGAUAUUAAAGGUUCAAAAAAUUCAAAAGGUUCAAAAAAUAAUAAUAAUUAUCCUAUUAUAUAUUCAAAUGUUUUAUAUGAACUUAUAGAAAAUGUUGAAAAAGAAAUGGAAAAGAAAUUAAGUAAAAAACCAAUGGGUGAAUUAAAAGGAACAGCACAAAUUUUAAAAGUUUUUAAUAUAUCUAAACUUGGAAAGGUUGCAGGGUGUGUUGUUAAAAAAGGUACUAUCUCUAUAAAUAGUAAUAUUCGUAUUUUAAGAAAUGAUAAAGUUAUUUAUAUGGGAAAAAUCAUUUCUAUUAAAAUUAUUAAGGAAGAAAAAACACAAGUAAUAGAAGGUGAUGAAUGUGGUAUAGGUUUUGAUAAUUUUUUGGAUUUUGAGCCAAACGAUAUAAUCGAAUCGUACGAAAAUUAA